AUGCAUAGUGAGACUUCCCACGGUGCCCAGGACGCACCUUCCGCCACUAUGGAGGAAAUUACGCAAACUGUACAAUUCUUGUCCGAAAAGACCUUGCAAGAUAUCGCCAAGGGCCCCUUGGUCAAAUUUACCGUGUCAAGCGAUGACAGCGAAAAGGUGAACCGGGUAUGGCAGUCACUGAUUCAGACUGCAUCGAGCCCAUCUCUGUCUAAUCAGCAUACGUCCGCAGCUUACCACGCUGUUGCAGCUUUCAUUGAUGCUGCUGCUACUUCCAAACACGGCUGUACCAAGCAAUUGGCCCUAGACUCCAGUACUUGGCUGGCUAUAUUCGAUAUUUACUUGAGUCGAUACGAAGAUGCCAAGCCGAAGCCCUUGAAGCAGCUACUUGGGUCGCUCACCACUAUUUUGGUUAAACAUUACCGAGGUGACCAGAGAACCACUGUUCAACAGACUGUUGCAGAGGCAAUUCUGCCCAGUGUUGUGCUUGGUGAACCCCGUUCCCGGCUGAAGGGCUCCCUUGUCUGCUUAGAGAUUUUCCUCCGCAAGGAAGCUAUUUUGCCGUCCGAGUUGAUCUCCUUGUUGCAGUCUUGGCUUUCAGAGAACCGUGAAAAAUGGGUAUCGGUAUUCGAAAAAGACCAUGACGCCCUAUACUCCGGCUUCUCCGAGCCUUUCACAGUUACAGCUGGAGUCCCGUCCGAGGAACUAGCCACAAAGAUCUUUAUCCUUGGUCUAUUAACCCAAACUAACAAUCGCCAAAUGUCUGGGACAAGUGGUGGUGUGUUGGCUGCUUUUUUGCAAAAGUUGAAGGGUAAAUCGUCCAACCAGCAGGUAUCCCACUUCUGGGUGAGCCCCGUUCGACACAUGCUUCUGCAAAACACGGAUAACUUGGAGUCACUAUCGGCGCAAAUUCUUCAUCCUUUGUUCACAGCUGAUCCGCAUGGUUUCAUGUCUUUCGUCGAAGCUCUUCCAUUGCGCAAUCUGCUUGCAGGUGAUAUGGCAGAUGCCGCGCAGUCAGAGUAUAUGCUUCUAUUUGCAUCCUUACAGAUGGGCAAGAAAGCCAAUCUCGUGCACGAAGAUUAUGAUUCCUCAAAGCAAACCGAUGUUAAGCAGGGCCAUCGGAAACUCGUGUUGAACAGCCAAGUUAUUGGCAAGUUCUUGCUUCACCGCGAGCCCAAUAUCAGAAUCGCUGCCUUGUCUUUGUUGGUGACAACCUUCUCCACUGUCAAGCCCUUCACAACAACUGCAACUUCCUCCAUUCUGCGAGCACUCCCAUCUAUGCAUGCUGACUCUGAUUCCUAUACCCGAGGCGAGAUUAUGAGCUUGACCCGCAAGUUCAUUAUCCGUCUAAAGAGUGGUGUUUUGAAAGAGGGUAUCUCGGGCGUAAAUGUGCCAGCAACUGGCAAGGAGCCGUCGGGCUGGUUCCGAAGUGAUGAUGAGACCAAGGCAUUCUUGAAGACAUACAUUCAGUUCCUUCAGAGGGAUCUUGUGGUGACUGCAUCAUAUCCACGCCAUGCAAGCGCACUGAGGGCCCUAAAUCUCCUGUUGCAGUCUGGUCUCGAUUCACGGACCAAUAUCCCUCCUCUCAAGUCUGAGGUCGAGACUCGUUGGAAGCUGCACAUGGAUGUCUUUGAGCCCCGUUUGCUCCGAUUACUUGUGGAUCUCCUGCUAGACCCCUUCGAAGAAGUUCGACAGACGUCCCUCUCUAUUCUGAAUCUCUUCCCUCGGCAAAUCUUGCUGAGUGGGCUCAUUGAUACAGCUGAGCAACAGCCCACAAUCGGAACACGGUUGACCGAUGCCUUGGCUCGUGCAGAAAGUAUCGCUAGCAAGACAAGUCGUGCGGACAAUGCGGACACUGUUGCUCGUCUGUAUCACAUUCUGUUCUGUGCUGCCACCAACUCUUCCGAUGCUGGCUUACAUUGGUGGGCAACGAAGCAAUCUGUGAUAAACAACAUUUUGACAAAGUUAGAAGAACGACUUUUGUCUUCCGGUGGUCUCUUUAACUCUACUAUGCGGGAGGCUCCUCUUCAUGGCUAUAUGUCUGGACUCAGAUACAUUGUUCUUAUGCCAAAUUUCUAUUCUUUGCUCUCAUCGGAUUCUGAUUUCUCUGGGUGGAAAUCUGUCCAUGAUCGGAUAGUCACUAUUUGCGACAAGGUCUGGCAGGAAGUCAAGCCCGUGCUUUGCAUUGACUCUCCUGAGGGUCACACUGAUGAACCGACUGAAGAUCUCUCAGUAGGACCAAAGGACAUUCUUUCCUACUCCUGGAGAGCUCUGCGCGAAUCGAGUAUGCUGCUUCACGCUACGCAAUUUAAUACCACAUACGGUCCAGGUGACGGAAAUGGACUUCAACUUGCCGAUUUUGAUAAGGUCGGAAAGACUAGUUUCACACAACUGGCUGAGCUACGUCAUCGAGGAGCCUUCUCCACUGUCUCGCAAACGUUCGCUACAUGCUGCCAGCGAUGUAGCGACUCAAAGGACGUUUCCAUCCAAGAAUUGCCAAGGCUUUGGUACGGGGAAGCCAAAGCAACUAUUUUUGAGUCGGCCGCGAAGCUUACCCGAAGAUCCGCCGGUUUGCCUGCGCUGGUCACAGGCAUUCUAGUUGCCAGUCCCGGGUCGGCAUUCUUCAAGCAGGCCUUGGAUGAGCUUCACGAGAUUUCACGAUUGCCUGUGGAGUACGACAAAAAUCAGCAGUAUCGGGAGCUCCCUCAAGUUCACGCGAUGAACUGCUUGAAGGAAAUUUUCACGAACACAAAACUGGGUCCCUUCACGGAGAGCUUCAUCAUGCCUGCACUGAAGUUGUCUGCUGAGCGUCUGGGGUCACCUAUUUGGGCACUCCGAAAUUCCGGAUUGAUGCUCUUCCGAGCUCUAUUAAUCCGAAUGUGCCGGCUAAUCCCCGGUGUCGGAGCUGGCUUUGGUGGCAUCUCUGGAUCAGAGCCAGGGUCUAAGAUUUCUUUCCCCAAAUAUCCAGGUCUCCUUGAACUCUUGUCAAAACUUCUUGCAUCGACAGAGGGAACAAUCACAGAAGGCACCGGCAUCAUUACGGAGCGGAUUUUCCCAGCUCUAGAGUUAAUUGGAGAGAAGAUUCCCACUUUCCCCGACAACUAUGACACUUUGCUUUGCGACCUUGUCCGAGAGCAUUUGAAGAGCCCUGUUUGGGGAAUCCGCGAACACGCCGCCCGUGUCUAUGCCUCUUUGUUAAAUCGUACAAACAUCCUUGAGGAUGUGCGCAGUCUUGUUGAUCAGCUUCAGGGCAACGCCACCGAGAACUUGAUUCACGGGACAUCGCUUUGUGUCCGAUAUGCUUUGCGUCGAUUUGCGGCUACAACAGACGUUUUCUGGAAAUCACAUGCGAAUGACCUUCUCGCUACUGUUCGCCAUGUUCUGGCGACUGUGUUCCCGGUUGCCAAGUCUCCCUUCACCGCAACUGCCCUCGUCGAGAUUUUGAAUGACACUCUCGAGCGGAGCUUCGAAGCCUGUACUGAAGACCGAAUCGCUCCGUCUAUUAAUGAGAUCUGUGCGGAACAGGACAUAAACGGCAUUGUGAGCUACGUGUUCAAUGGCUCGAAGGUCGGAUGGAAUCUUGAAAGCAAGACUCGGGCAUCUUCUCUCCUGAGGAGAGCACUCUCAUGGUGCACAGUACUGAAGAUGCUUGCUCUAAAGCAGUGGAGUAAAAUUCCAGCAUUCCACCAAGGUAUUUCGGUCUUUGAUGCUGAUGCUGCGACGUGGAUCCUGGAACAAUUGGAGCAGAAACUCGACAAGGUCGAAAGUCUCAGGAGGCCUCUGGUCGACUUGUAUUCCUUCAUCAUUUUGAACGAUGCUCCGUCUUCGGCAAAGACAGCCGCCGUUUCCAACCUGGCUUCAAUCUUGGAAGAGCUGCUGUCCUGUCCGGAAGAUACCAUUUCAGAGCUUGAAUUGCUUUGUGAUGAUCUGACGGAGGGCUUCCGGCCCGAAGCAGAUAUUGAGUCGUGGAACAGACAGGCCACAGACAGCGCACUUCGUCUUCAGGGCUGCCUUCUUGCAAUUAGAGGCUCCUCAACUGAAGGACACCCUCUUUCGUCAGUGAAAGAGGACAUGUAUAACUGGACUGUGAAGCUACGCUCUUCCCUCAGUGAGGAAAUUGAGUUUACGACCCGCUUCGCGGCUGUACAAUCUCUCCACAGCUUUUCACGAUCUUUGCGUCCAGCUGGAGGCUCUCCACGGGCUGAAUCCUCGUUACUGGACAUUUACUUGAUUUUGUAUGACAUGCUCAAUGAUGACGACGAAGAACUGAGGGAUAUUGCUGCAUCGACUGCUUCGUGGGUACUUUCAUACUCGUCAAUUUCACCGAAUGCCGCCGUUGCUCUUGGCCCUCUGAACGCGAGUGCCCUUUUGGCCAACUUUAUCCUUGACCAAUAUUCGGACUCAGUGCAACUUACUCGACGAGUUAUCCACUACCUGACCGGCCAAGAGCCUCGCAUCAGUGGCUCCGAUGACCAGACCCAUCUUAUCGCUGUAUCAGAUCUUCUUGCUGAGUACUGUCAGGACCGCACUGCUCUCUUCGUUGAAGAGAAGCAGAAUUUGUUCAUUGAUGAAGUCCGCGAGCUAGAUGUUUGGUCUCCUGCCCUUAAAAAGCUGAAGAGGAACGCGUUUCCUGAAACUCUGGUAAGCCAGAUCUCCAGCUGGGUCUCGGAGGGAUUGGAUCAUCUAUCAGUACAUAUCGCUCAAGAAUCCGGACAAGAUGGACUCCUCGGUUGGAUCUCAAGGCCCGAGACGUUCACACUUGGUGUCCGUCUAAUAAGUAUUUCCUCCGCAUUCGCAUCUCCGAGCUUUGAGGCUCCGGAGUUGAUGGAUGUUGAGCAACAACAACUGAGGAAGCAACUCCAGUCUUUACUGAGCGUUGGUAACAGCGCCGCGGUUCAUGACGAUUGGCUGGUCAGGAUUCAAUCUGGUCUCUGUUAG